UGGCUGGAAGUGCGGUAUAGUAUUAAUUGCUUCUGUACUGAGGUAUUGACUCAAAUCAGCCAGACCGUUCGCUCCUCCUAGAUGGUUGCUAGUCUUGAUUCAUGAGCACAAUGUAUGCCUAGGUCUCAGAUGUAUCGAAAAUGGCCACUUUUCAUUCCGUGUUUCGUCUCAUGUGCAACGGCGGUACUACGAAAUAUUAUCCAUAUGUUGGUCAAACCUAGAGCAUUCAGCUGUAUGUUAGACCUGACAUGUACACAUCGAGUUUCGACCCUCUCUGCUCUCAGUAAGCCACACGGCAUCAUAUUUGCAAGGCAAUGUAGGGGAAUGCAAAGAGGAUAUGACAUCAUAUGAUAAUCUGAGGUCAAUAAUUUUACAACACGAUCAAUUUUUGAGGUUUGG